AUGAGCACUGCAAACUUUGACUGGGGGUUGGUCGGUAUUAUGGCCGAGGUGGACGACGUAGUCCUCCACCAACCCAAUCAACCAUGGCCUAACAGUGCUUUUGUGCUGGGAGGCGGGAUGUUUGCGAGUGAUGCCAAUCUUUUCGCUGUCUUCAAUACUCGAGAGCACAUAAUCGAGGAGUUAACGAGGCUCUUGCAGCAAAUCCAGUCUCUGCGUGUUCAAUCACGUCUGCUGUUGGAACAGCCCGUCCCUGUCGGGUUUUUAGACGUUGUUGCGGCUCAGCUUAUGCCCCAAUGGACAGCACGGGACAUGCCAUCUCCUAUUAGGCAGCUCGUCGAAACCGUGUCAUAUCAGGCUGCCAGCAUCGGCAUCCUGAAUCUCCCUUUUCCAACACGUGAAGCCAUCUAUAGGUUGGUGCUCGAUACCAAGUACACGAUGAAACAAUCCAUCCACCCCGACUGGGUAACCGCAGAGGUCAUUGACGACACGGCGUCUUCGGAUAUCCAAACCGCAUGGAUCUGGUCAAGAUGCCCACGCGUCACGAAAUAUAACAUUCAUCCUGCAAUUUUGCGAGUUAGCCGCCAGAUUUAUCAUGAGACGGUCAUGGUUUUGGGCCGCCAGAACCUGUGGGUUGUUGUAAGCACAUCGGAUACUCGGAUUGCUCAAGGCUUGACGGAGAUGGGCGCCGCCCUCCCAAUUCCGCCUAAUUGGAGGGGCCUUGGCCUGCCUGGAUACUCUCCGUACGUUUACCAUGUGCCAAUUGAGAUGCAUGUCGAAGAAAACCCAAACGUUGCCUUGGCUGAGCAGCAGUUUUUUGUCAUGGCCCUGGACUGCGUGUGGGACCUGGUCGCCUUAAUGAUUUCAUACAGCAGCACCCCUUGGUCCCUGACUGUCCGGCUCAAUGAGACCACUUUCUUCAGUCAUCAACAGAAGCUCGACUGCAUCGCCCGAAUUGUCUAUAUGCUGGAGCCGCUAAGACUCCUCGGGGAGGAUGACUACUCCCGCACUGUGACCUUUUGGUUCCAGAACCGUAUUGCUGGCGAUAGGAUGAUCCGACUGAACCGCCUGCAAAACAGAUUCAGCGCUAUCGAGCUGAUCGGUAUGCUGCGGGAGUACCUAGACCCGUUCAACGCGAAUCUUUGGCAGAUCAACUGGGCCAAGGAAGACUUAAAGAUGGCCGAAUGGGGCUUUUUCUUCAUCCAUGCCAUGAACAAGUACGGCGCCAACGAGCAAUAUGGACGGAUGUGGAGAGACACCCUGUGCAUCGGCCACGCCCGUCUCAUGAUUAUCCGCCUGGCGCAGGGUAAGCUGAUCCUGGCCAAGCACCAUGCCCAGCGCGCCGACGAAGUUGCUGAGUUGCAUCAAGUGACGCUCUGGUGGUGCAAGCCUCUGAUAAGCCGUAUCACUGGGUGGGAUGAUGAAAUUCCCAACAGAGACACCAUCGACGAGGCUCUUCGCGCCAUCUGGUGCCUGUGCUGGAACGAGCGCAAGAGUUGGUUCCAUCUGCUGUGGCAGCAUUAUAAAGGUGCUGAGCAUGAAGCACAUGGGACCAUCGUGUACGCCGUCCACCUGCUCGAGGGUAUCAGAUUGAUCCUGGCCAACACAAACGAAGCCAACGACUUGAAGAAGCAGGCGAAGGUAUUCAACAACCUCAUGUGUAUUCAGGGGACGGGUUUGAACGAUGGCUGCACUCCAGAGCAGAGAGAUUAUCACAAUCUGACAACGAGAAGUGUGAUAAAUGACAGCAGACUGCCUGAUAGUGUCCAACAGCAGAGCAUAGAGGAAGGUGUGAUGCUUUGGCGUCUCAUCGAGUGA